AUGGACCAGCUGCAAGGGACCAAACAGUAUGGCACAGAGAAGUCAGGGACCCUCUUCAAGAAAAGUGGUGGGUGGAGAAAGGUCUGGCAGAAGAGGAAAUGCACCAUCAGCAAUGGCUACCUGACCAUCUCACACAGCACACCCAGCCACCCCCCAGCCAAGCUGAACUUGCUGACCUGCCAGGUGUAUCCCAGCACGGAUAACAGGAAAUGCUUCCAGCUGGUUUCCCACAGCCACACGUACUGCUUCCUGGCAGAGGAUGAGCAGGACUGUGUUGACUGGGUCUGCACCCUCAGAAACAGCAAGGAGGAGGCCCUGAACGUGUCCUUCAGCAAGGCACAGGGUGGAGGGGAGAGCAGUCAGGAGGAGCUGAUCCAGGCUGUCAUCCGGGAGGUCAGAGGGAUGCGGGGGAACAGGAAGUGCUGUGACUGCUCAACCCCAGACCCCACAUGGCUCUCCAUUAACUUAGGCAUCCUGAUCUGCAUUGAGUGCUCAGGGAUUCACAGGGAGAUGGGGCUGCAUCACUCCCACAUCCAGUCCCUGUCUCUGGACAAGCUGGGAACCUCUGAGCUGCUGCUGGCGAGGAACAUCAGCAACUCUGCCUUCAACAGCAUCAUGGAAGCAAAUCUCCCCAGCUGUUCCCUGAAGCCCACAGCACACAGUGACACGGCCUUUCGGAGAAAAUUCAUCAUUUCCAAGUACAUAGAGAAGAAAUAUGCCAAGAAGAGGGCCCCUGCUCACUGCUCCAGCCUCUCCAAAGCUGUCAAGGACAAGGACAUAUUUUCUUUGCUCCAAGCACAUGCAGAGAGCGUGGAUUUGAGCGAGGCUGUUCAGACCCCUCUGCAGGAACCUGGGGAGACUCUUCUCCACCUGGCAGUGCUGCUCUCUGAUAGAACCUCUUUGCAUAUUGUUGAUUUUCUUGUCCAGAAUGGCAGGAGCCUGGCAAAGCAGACCUUGGAAGGAAACACAGCCCUGCACUAUUGCUGCUCACACAACAAACCCCAGUGUCUCAAACUGCUGCUGAAGGCCAAAGCCAACAUCACCAUCACUAAUGAAGCAGGAGAGACAGCCCUGGAUGUGGCCAGGAGGAUGGGACAUCCCCUGUGUGAAGAGCUGCUAUUGCAGGCCCAGAGCAAUCAGUUCAACCCCAAAGUCUACGUGGAGUAUGAGUGGUGUCUGAGCCAGGAUGACAUGUGUGAGAGUGAUGAGGAGCUGGAUGAGAAGCUGGGUCCUGUGAAGAGGGGACUUGCCUUUGCCCAGAGCUGCUGCCACCCCCCUGCCCCUGCCCCCAGGCCGGUGGCAGUGCCAUGGGGGGGGGGGCAGGACACCUGGCCCUUGCAUGGCACCCAGUUCCACAGCAUGGAGGUGCCACCACCCCCCUCCACAGCCCCCCCACCCCCACCCCGGAGGGCAGAGCCAGUGGUGCUGAUGGUGCUGGUGGUGCUGAUGGUCUUAGUGGUUCUGAUGGUGUUGGAGGUUCUGGUGGUGCUGGUGGUUCUGUUGGUGCUGGUGGUGCUGAUGGUUCUGGUGGUGCUGAUGGUGCUGGUUCUGCUGGUGGUGUCCAGGACCAUCCUGGACCAUCCUGACCAUUGUCCAUGGAAAGGGUGUGUUGAAGGACAGCCUCACAGGCAAGGUGUCUUCCCUGCUUCCUUUGUCCAUGUGCUCCAUUCUGCAACAGGCAUUGGUGAGGCCACCGACCCCGGGAAUGUCACCCUCACCCAGCCCUGCUCAGCAGCACUUCUGAGGAGGAGGUAA